AAAGAAAGAGAGAGAGAGAAAAAGGUUCCAUGUCAAAUAUCAGGGCCACAACCAUCAAACCUUCCUCGCUUGGUCUUCCUCUUUCCCUUCUUUAGUUUUCUCUCCUUUUCUUCUCUCUAGCGGAUCUAAAUGAAAAAUAUAAAACAUAAAUAAAUAAGGCGAGCUCUCACUCUUUUCAAUCGUUGCUUUCUCCCUGCACGGAUCUCUUUUCCCUUCCCGAUCUCAUACGAAGCCCUUGAGAGAAAUUUCUUUCCUUUCUCUCUCUCCCCACCUUUUACUCUCCGCUAGGGUUUCCAAAAAAAAAAAAACUAAUCAAGCAAAAAUAGAACGAAAGGAAUCAAAUCUCAGAUUGUGUCAAAGUCUUUUGGAUGACCUUGCUAAGACUACUGAAUUAUGACAUCAAGUAUGUUGACCGGAGAUCGCAGAUAUGCUCCUGCAAGAAGAGGUGGUGGCAUGACAAGUUUGGGGAAAAUCGCUGUUCCCAAACCAAUAAACCUACCCAGCCAAAGGUUAGAAAAUCAUGGUCUGGACCCGAAUGUCGAAAUUGUGCCCAAGGGUACCUAUAGCUGGGGAACCAGAUCAUCUUCUUCCACUCCUAAUGCCUGGGGUUCUUCAACGCUGUCUCCAAAUACUGAUGGUGGUAGUGGUUCACCAAGCCAUCUGAGUGGUCGCCCCUCAUCUGGUGGAAGUGGCACUCGACCAUCAACUGCAGGCAGUGAUAGAACCCACGAUCCCAUUGCUAGUGCAUGGGGUACAAAUUCUAGGCCAUCUUCAGCAUCAGGAGCUUUGACAUCGAAUCAAACAUCAUUUACAUCAUUGCGUCCUUGCAGUGCAGAAACAAGACCUGGUAGCUCGCAGUUAUCCCGUUUCGCUGAGCCCUUAUCUGAUAAUUCAGUUGCUUGGGUUGCAACUGGAACGGCAGAAAAGUUGGGAGGGACAUCCUCUAAGAAUGAGGGGUUUUCUUUGACUUCAGGAGAUUUUCCAACACUUGGUUCAGAGAAAGAAAACUCUGGAAAAAACACGGAGUCCCAAGACCAUGAUUCUUACAGUCGUCCUGGUUCAUCAUCGGGUGGAGUAGCUCCAGGGAAAGAGAGUGCUGAAAAUUCUGCAGGUGAUGCUUCUAUAAACACAAAUGCAAAGAUGGAACCUGCAAAUUCUUGGAGAAGAGAGAAUCCCAUGUGUGGUGAAGAUGGGUUGAGGCCUAGCAUGGAGAAGUGGCACCCUGAUCACCAAUUGUAUCCUAAUUCUAAUAUUCGCCCACAGAAUUAUGAUUCUUGGCAUGGCCCCCCUGUAAAUAAUCCUCCAGGUGGUGUUUGGUACAGAGGACCUCCAGGUGGUCCACCUUUUGCACCGCCAAUAGCACCUGGUGGCUUUCCCAUGGAGCCAUUUCCUUAUUACUGUCCGCAGAUUCCACCUACUGCUCUUGCCAACCCACAACAAGGUCCUCCACCAGGACCUGGACCAAGAGGACCCCAUCCAACAAAUGGAGAUAUGUACAGACCCCACAUGCAUGAUGCUUUUAUGCGUCCAGGCAUGCCAUUUCGUCCUGGCUUUUAUCCUGGACCAGUUCCUUACGAGGGCUAUUACGCUUCUCACAUGGGCUACUGCAACUCCAAUGAUCGAGAUAUUCAGUUUAUGGGAAUGGCAGUGGGUCCUGCUCCAUAUAACAGAUUUUCAGGUCAAAAUGCUCCUGAUCCUGCAAAUUCCCAUGGAAGGCCAGCUGGAUAUGGUCCUCCUAGUGGUCACACAAUGGUUCCAGAACAACUCGAAUCUGGUCAUCCACAAGAUACUCGUGGACCAUUCAAAGUCCUUCUGAAGCAGCAUGAUGGUUUAGAGGGAAAAGACAAAGAACAGAAGUGGGAUGACAUGAUGGCAACCAAUGCAUCUUAUCCUGGGAAGGCAGGCCAUCAAAGAAAGUCAUCAUGGGAGAAUGGUUGGAGUGCAGAUGAGAAGAACAAUAAAGAGAGGAAUACAAGAAGAAUUGGCGAAGAAUUUUCUUCCGAGGCCAAUGGCAACCAAGGAGGUGUUAAAGUAAAACCUCUUGAACAUGUAGGAAAUUGGAAGGCAGCUGAUGACAGUUCAGUUAAGAAACUGGAACCUGCAGCAUCUGGUUUUCCAGAAGUUUCAACCGCCCCAAAGGAUCCUAGUCUAAUCAGGAAAAUAGAAGGUUUAAAUGCGAAGGCCAGGGCCUCUGAUGGAAGGCAAGAAGUUAAAUUUUCUUCCAGUAGGGAGGAGCAUAAGAAUAGAUUACAAGGUGGUAAUGCCAGGUCUAAUCAUUCUGCAAAUGAAGCUGGUAAUAGUUAUGCAUCUCUUGAAAGAACUCAUGUCUGUGGCAUUAGCGACACUGCUUCCCAUGAAGACCGCAUUUCUGCUGCAGAUAAGAGCCAUGAGGUAACAGAUGCUAUCGGAACAGCAAGCUCCAGGAGAUCAACUCAUGGUAUGCAUGGGAGACCUGAUCAUCAUGGUAAAGGGAGAUUCAGUACCCAAGAGGCUGAAGGGUGGCGGAGAAGAUCUCAUGUUGCAGACUUGUCGAGUGUAUUGUCGUCUUCUCAUUUUGAAAGUUCUAAUGUUCAUAGGCAAGACCAUAGUCCUGCAGAGGCAACUGAAAAGUCUGGGUCAUAUCAUCAAGGGAAGGAUGAUGGAGAAUCUGUGCUACCUCACCCUGAUCCCAGUGAUAGCCAGGUGCAACGUGCUAAGAUGAAAGAGCUAGCCAUUCAACGGGUUAAACAACGCGAGAAGGAAGAGGAGGAACGUGCUAGAGAUCAAAAGGCCAAGGCACUUGCAAAAUUGGCAGAGUUGAAUAAGCGGACUAAGGCAGCGGAGAGUUUAAGCGAGGUUCUGCCAGGGAUGCCGAAGGCUACCCACAAGGAAUCUGUUGUGAUACAUGACCAAUUGGAGCCAUUGCAACAGGAUGUUAGUCGUGCUGAUGGUGAUCACCCUGAUAAUGCCCCACAGACUUAUGACAAUAGAGCUUCUAAGCAGAAGCGUGUGAGCUACAGACAAAAGCAGAAUGGUCCCUUGGAAAAGACUUGCAAUGAUAAGUUAAUGACUUCUAUAAUUGAGGCACCAAAAAAUGUUACUGAUGUAGCAGCCAAUGCUCCUGUUUCUAUCGAGGGUGCAACUGAAAUGACCACAAGCCCUGAAUCGACUUUGCCCAUCAACCCAACUGCCACGACCGAGUCUUCAGUACAUCAUGGUAGAAGAAAGAACAGAAAUGGAAAGAACAAGUACAAAGUGGAGGAGGCAUCAUCUAUGGCAGUAGUUGUAACGCCAACCCUAUCAAAAGAAAUAACUGCUUUAGACAUUUCAGUUGAAAGUAGCAAGUCCAAGGCUUCUGAAUCUGUGUCAGAUCCAAGCUCCCAGACUGAUUCUAGAGAUGGAAAUCAGUCUUUGGAUCAUCGCACAUCAUCACCAAAUGAAGAAGUUCAAGGCAGAGUAAAUAAUCAGUGGAAAUCUCAAUAUUCUCGCAGGAUGCCGAGGAAUCCACAAGCUAAUAAAUCAACUGAGAAAUUCCAAAGUGGUGAUGCUGUUAUCUGGGCUCCUGUGCGGUCACACAAUAAAAUUGAGGCUACUGAUGAAGCCAGUCAGAAGACUCUGGCUGAUGCCAUUAGUGAACCCAUGAAGAGUGAUCAGCAAGUGCAGAAUAAUACAAGAAAUAAACGGGCAGAAAUGGAAAGAUACAUUCCAAAGUCUGUAGCCAAAGAAAUGGCUCAGCAAGGAAGUAGUCCCCAUUCAGCGGCGCCAUUAAUCAAUCAGAUUACUCCAGAUGAGACUGCUGGAAGACCUGAAUCUCGUUCUCUGGGCAAUGAAAGUUCUCAAAGCCCUGCCACAGGUAUGGGAAAGGUAGUAUCCAUUUUAGAAUCUAAGAAUGGGGAUGGCAGGCAAAAUAAGUCAGGAAAAAGGAAUGGAUCAUGGCGCCAACGGGGUUCGUCUGAAUCAACUAUGUUUUUUACAAGUAAAAAUGUUCAAAAAUCAAUUGAGCAUCAAGUCCAGAAACCUGAUGUAAGUUCAGUGAAAGAGCAACUGGGUCAUUAUGAUGAAUGGAGCGACUCUGAUGGUUGGAACAUUCCUGAAAAAUCUGAGGUGCCCAUCACUGUCCCUGCUAUAAAAGAUCAUGGUGCAACAGCCAGAGCUAGGCGGCCAUCAUACAGGGGACAUAAAAGUAGCCAUGAUCCUGAUGAGAGGAGAAUUCAUACUGGGGACGCUGAAAAGGUUCAUGUCCAAACCUUAGGUUCAGAGAUGCAUCAAGCAGACUCAGCUGCAACUUCAAAAGAAAAUCGUGCUGUUGGGGAACGACCAGCAUCUCAUUGGCAACCCAAAUCCCAGGCAAUUUCAGCAACUACUAAUCCAGGAAGCAGGGCCAGUGGUGGUCAGAACACAGGCUCUGAAGUUGGUAGGGGUAAUAAAAAGGAUUCCACUUCUCAAAAUGGUAUGCCAGUUCUGCCUCAACCUGACAAGGAUAUUGCUGCAGAGGCCCAGUCCCAUCCUGAUGGCUCUCUGUCUGCAAGGAGCAAUUUGGAAGAAGAUCCUAGCACUGGGCAUCAAGAGGUUAAGAAGGAAAGGAAGAUAGCAUCACAUAAAGGACAUCCGGCUGAACCAUCUCCUUUGAAUAUGGAUUUUCAACAACGGGUGUCUUCAGGGUUCCGAAAAAAUGGAAACCAAAACAGCCGCUUUGGCAGAGAGCAUGAUUCUCGUGGUGGCGAGUGGAGUGGUCCUGGGAAAGAUAACGAGCACCAUAACCGUGAAAGGCAGAGACAGAAUUCACAUUAUGAGUACCAGCCAGUAGGGCCUCAAUAUAAUAACAAAGCUAACAAUUAUGAAUCUUCAAAAGAUGGUUCUCAUAAUUCUGUUGCAAGGUCCAGGGAGAGAGGUCAGAGUCACUCAAGGCGUGGUGGGGGGAAUUCUCAUGGGCGGCAACCUGGUGGUGCUCGAGGUGAUGCCAAUUAUGAUUAGGGGUGAAACUCUUGAACGGGCUCUGGUGUGUCAAAAACCAUGCCUCCAAUAAAAGUUUUGAGAUGAUCUCUCGUACUCAGGGCUUGGAGCAAACAAAAUGGCAUCGCAAAAAAGAAAAGAAAAGAUAGAGAGGCAGGCAGGAGGCACUCGGAUAUGGUUGAUUUAUUUUCUUAUUUUUCAAAAUGUAUUUGAUCAGAACAGUGUUAUUUUGUCGCAGUGUGUUUGCUGUGGAACCCUAGAUAUGUUUUGAGCGGUGUAUCUAGUGAUCAAUAUUCCUCCUUUAUAUGAACACUAGAAAGAAUGAAGUAGAGGAGCUUUUCUGGUUCUCCCACUUUAUCUCAA